AUGACUGCCACGACCCCUUUCCUCACAUAUCCCGACUCAAUCCUCGUCAUAGACCGUGAAGCUCUUUCUGGCCUCUCAGAUGACGAAGCUAGACGCAUCUGGAUUGCCUCCCGCGUCGAGGAGUAUCGCAACAGUGCUCUAGCCCUUCUCUCCUUCCAUAACGACAUUGCGCCCAUUCAUCGAGCCCUUUCCACCGAAUUGCUCUCCCAGGUGUUCUCGUACUGCUGGCAAGAUACGCGUAGCAUAGCGGUAGCCCAUGUCUGUCGCCACUGGCGUGCUAUCGCACUGAAGACCGCAAGCCUAUGGGCCGCAGCCAUCGAAUCUCCCGGCAAGCAACUGUCCUUCAAUUGUCGCAACCCAAGCCUCCUGAACUCCCGAGGCAAAUUUGCAGCCUUCGCUCUUAAGCGAUCUUUUCCACAGCCUCUUCGCAUCAAAGUCCACCAUUUCCCCCGCUCCUUUGCUCUCACUCUUGGCCCUCACGCCAAUCGCCUUGUCGAUCUUUACGUUCAUCUCGAUGGUGCACACCAACUAAGAUAUCUAUCUGACGUACUCGCAACGGGCGCGCCGGACCUCGAGACGUUGGGCAUCACUUUCCCAGGUCACUUAGGGAUGCAUAAAGACUGGGAUUCGACAUGUUUCGCCUACGACGACCAAGUUUGUGCGCGCUCCAACUCACACGCCGGUUUCGGGAUAGUCCGAGAAGGGGUCAAAGGUUGGAAACGUACCACUGAUUCUCAAAAACACAUCAAAGGCACCCCUCGCCUGAAGAGCCUCCGUUGCAUCCCGAUCGACCUCCUCCCCCACUUCGUCACCCCCACGUUGCGCGAAAUAUGCGUCACCCCCGCGCAGUUCGACCGAGACCACGUGAAGGGGUUCGUGAACGCGCUGGUGGGGUGUCCGGACCUCGAACGCUUGAAAUUAUGGAUGGUGAACGACUACUGCCCAAUGUACGACUCAAACGUACAAGGAAUUGUCGAAGAACUCAUUCCUGACCCGGACUCGCCUUUGUGGGCAGCCGCUGGUGUGGUCAAUCUCCCCUCCCUCCAAGCAGUGGUCGCCAACGUCGGCACGGAUAGCUCACACAUGCUCUACCUGGACUGCGUCACAUUCCCUCAGAGUACCAGUCUCGACAUCAUUACGAAGGACUCAAAGCUUCGGGACCUUUUCACCGGACACGCGCUCCCGGCGCGGCGCAUCCAAGAGGCGGACGCCAUCCGCCUCAGCGACUCUUGUCAGCCGUUCAACUCGAAGUGGGAGACCGAGGUCGUGAUGUUCAAGGGGGACGCGGCGUCGAUCCGGAUCACGCGCACUCGCUCCGAAGGCCCCGACUGCGACCCGCUGCCUGCCUCGGAGACCCUGGACGACUGCGUCGCACUGCUGCGCGAGCACGGCACGAACGUCGCGCGCAUCAUUCUACACCAGCGGGGAUUCUAUGGCAAGCUCGACAUCCUCGGCCCCUUCCCCUCCAUCACGUCCCUCGAGAUCGCAGGGCCAUGCUUCGACGAGGUGCUUCCGGCGCUGCUAGUACGGCCCCAGCGCGCACCCAACACCCAGCCCGGCGUUGUGGUCUGUCCAAACUUGAAGAGCCUCGUCGUCUCGUUCCCCCGCGACUACGGCUGGCUUCAGAGGACGAUGAAGCGGAAACCGACACGGUGGGAAGAGAUGGCGGCGGUGACGCUGUGGGAUGAUCAGGCCGAGCUCGUGAAGGUGCUAGAGUCGAGGGCCGCGAAAGGACUUCGGUUGGAGCGCCUCGAGUGGCAGGCAUGGGAGUGGGACAAUGUCUGCAAACUCGAGGCUCCUCCGCAAGCAAUCGCCCACACGCUUAUGCCUCGCCCGGGGCUGGUCGUACAAUCUGCACUCGAGAAGUUCGUCGAUGGGCCUGUCGUCUUCGGAGGGGUCACAUAUCUGGAAUUACCCACGAAGUGA